GUGCAGCCCUGUCGCAUCCCGGCCAUGCCUAUCUAUAAUUUUCUCAGCGACGGUCUCCCAUCUGCUGCUGUGUCCUCCAUCCCUAGCACUGCGUCUCAGGCCCCUCCCAGCCCCGUCUGCAAUGCUAGCUCCGCACUGCUACUACCGCCUGGCCCUCUCUUUCGUCUCUCCGACGAGUUUCUGGCCAUUCGCGGAAGUUGAGCCUUACGAGAUAUAAAAUUUCCUAUUAGUUCCUGAAUUCAUAUCUGCCAGAGACAUUCCUGCGAUUCGAGAUGACGUCUGAAAGUGACGGGAGCCGCCAGAAGCGCCCAGGCAGAACCCUACAUGUCCAGGAGCUGAAUGUGGAUAAAGGUUCAGAAAGAGUAUGUAAUGCACUUGAUAAUGCCCAAAAGGAUAAGAUGAAAUGAAAUGGAAGAUUGUUUUUCAGUUCUUUCAUUGUGCUGAUCGAGCUUUGUUAGUUUCCUAUGUAUGUUAUCCACCUGAUGGCUAGUCACAUUGAGCGGCGCUUAACAUUCAAUGUUUAGAAGGGGUGAUCUAUUUCCUCCUGAGACUGCAUCUUGGAGAAAUAAUCUGAUUGCGCUCUCCCAACGUCGCAACUUGCUUUUCACUGCAUGUCGGCAUCAGAUCUAUGUCUGGGAACCAGCUGGAUCAUCACAGGCAUUGGGUGCAGAGCCUGAAAUGAUAAUAACUCCUAUUAUGAAGAACCCGCGUGCUGGUGGUUACAUAUCACCGCAGAUGCCGCAUGCAGUUAAUAACAUCCUGGUUGAUGAUCUGGGCCGCGAGGAAAUUCUACUUCUUGCAACUGAUUCCGGCAAUGUCUGUGCUUAUCAUGUCGAAACGAUAUUUUGGGCACUUGAGCGUGCUGCUGAAUUUGAUCUGGCUCGACCUUUGGACGACUCCGGGAUCCACCCUUUUUUUGCCGAAUUUGUUGAAGAAAGCGCAUGGGGUCUGGCCAUUCAUAAAUUUGCGCGCCUGAUUGCAGUCAGUGCCAACACAGGGCUUAUCACGGUUUUUGCCUUUGCCUUAGUCAACCCUUCCGGAGAUGACUCUGAUCCUAGCGGUUCCUUCGAAGCCAGUGACGAUCAACGGGAAUACGAGCAGACUUGGGAUCUCAUAAAUUCCAGUGAUGAACUUAUUCGAUUGCGGAAUCUGAUGCCUGGUGGGCAUCGCUCGCGUAACAUAAGACUGUCAUAUACAGGCCAUUUCACUAAUAUUCCAUGCGUGUCCUUCCUUAACUGUGAUCUCGACCCUAAUGGUACUUGGAUGGUGAGCACAGACAUCGACAAUAAAAUGCUUGUAUGGAAGAUCUGGCAAAGUCUGGGUCCCUUCAGGGCCUUCCCGCGAAGUGUGCGCAAUGAUGAGCGUGGCUGGUUUGUUCUGGCCCUCGAUCCUCGAGCAUUCUAUCCAUAUAAAUCUCUCGAAGAGGCAUGUGGUGGCAAACCGACCGUUCUAGAAGGGCAUAACCAGAGAGUUAUUGACCUAACACGUCUGGGCAGUCGGAUAACAAAUGUCUCUCGUCUAUACAAUUAUUUCCCUCCGGAGGAGAGGAUUAAGCCAAGGCCGCCCUCACUCCCCGACCUUUUCAGUCCAGAUUGUCGCAUUGAUGGUGAGAAUAGUAUCCCUCCAUUGCUGAAGAAUGAGGCUCGAAUGGGUAUUAGCCAAACCUCCCCCCUUCACCUGAGUGAUACAGGCUUUGUUACUCAGACUCUUGGCACCAUCGGUUCACCAUCAGCCAGCAUGGAGAGCCCUGAAGGACGGGAUCUUCAAGGGAAUGACAUGUAUCAAGAUAGCAGUGACAGCGAUGUUGAAAUGAUUGCCAUGGAGACUGAACCAUUCUACGAUCAAGCACUUGAUAGUAGUCAUGAGAAUAGCUCUAUCUCAUCACAGGGUUCGGAGUCUUUUGGCGUGCAAGGCGCACCGCCUAUUCAUCUGGCUCUUCUCGAUGCCCUUGGAGGUGCCCCCUUUGGUCCGGACGAGUUUUCUGGAAGCAGUACCGGUGAUAGCCAUGCCGAGCAUGAUGAUGAGGGUUGGGAGGCAGAGGGAGAGGGGAGUAGCGAUGAAAAUGAAGAAGAGGACCAGGAUGUACCAAGCACAGCUUCCUUCUGCUCAGAGUUCCCCAUUCUACACUUUUCGGAGACCGAUAUACGGUUGAUUCCAGACCCCUUCUCUACGCUUGCGUCCGUUGUUUGUGGCGCACCCCUGCGACAGUUAUUUACCCAUUUGGUCACGUCGAUCCAUUCGUGCGACCGGUUUAACAUGGUGAAAUAUGUCCCCGAACACGGCAUUGUUGUCGCUGCUUCCCAGAAAGGGCGUGCAGCAAUAAUUGCCCUGACUCGAUUCGGAGACUGUAUGCUCUUCAGGGUCGACUGGAUCGUACCAUUCAUGAACCAGGAAAGACACGGCGAUCGUCCCCUGAGGCCUCUCCUCGGAAUGACCGUCAGUCCCAUUCAAGGGUUUGAAAUGCCGCCCGACGUGCCCUAUAUUCCCCAGCGUGCUACUGAUCUCGACGAUCUUACUUUUCGCUAUAAAACAAUUGAUAGAAAGGAUGAAGAUGACUCUGCUUCUUCUGUGUCUAGCACAACAGGUGAUGGGCAGAGCCCAGGCCACGCAGAUAAAUCUCACUUCUUCAACUUUCCAGACGACACCACCAAGUCUUGGAGCGAGAAAAACGACCCAGACAAGGGGUUCAUGCAUACCCAUUCCACCUCUACGUCCACUCUGGAGUCCAAACUGCCCCGGUUUACAUUACCGGAAUACCACGCCGGGGCAUCCCGUAUCUACAAACCAAAUGAGAGCUGGCGUGAUUGGUACCCAUCUCGCCGCUACCGCCUGUUACUUAUGUAUGAUGACCACACGAUCAUGAGCUAUGAAUUUUGGUAUGACCAGAACAGGCAUGAUAGCGGCGUUGUCAAUGAGCAGAGUGAGGACGGUGGCUGUGAAUAUCUUGUUGUUUAACUCUUGCUUUUUCUUCCAUUUUCUUUGACAAUGCGUCCGCUUACCGCAUAUAAAAUGGAAUCACCGGUAGUAUAACGGACAAUACAAUGAAAUAUGUUGAGGUUGCA